AUGGCUCCUCCAGAUGUGUUGAUGGUUGGGACGGGCGAGUAUACCACUGGCUUCGUAGGAGGUGCCGCUUCCACCUCGGACAAGAAGGUGGGAGUCGUUGGCCUGACAAUGUUUGACCUACGGAGACGAGGAAAGGUCGGCAACCUGAGCAUGGCUGGGGUAUCAGGCCUGAAAUUUCCCCAUAUCAUUACUGAUGUCUACUCCAAACAUGGUGUAAAAGGGAAACAUCUCCAGACCAACAUAUCCGAGGUGUACAACGGGCUGUCAACUUCGUUUGAGUCUUACCCGGCAGAUGACAAGGUUGAUGCAAAUGCAUACAAGGUGGCCAUAGAUGCGCUAGAGCCUGGCUCAGCCAUCACGAUAUUUACUCCUGAUACCACACAUUAUGAAAUUGCGCUGUACGCUAUCCGGCGUAAGAUCCACGUCCUGAUCACUAAGCCAGCUACAAAGACUCUGGAGGACCACCUUGAGCUUUUGGCGGAGUCUAGAAAGCAUAACGUUUUCGUAUUCAUUGAGCACCACAAGCGUUUCGACCCAGCAUACUCUGAUGCUCGAAACAAGGCUCGAAAACUCGGAGACUUUAACUAUUUUUAUAGCUACAUGAGCCAGCCCAAGAGCCAACUGGAGACCUUUAAAGCAUGGGCCGGAAAGGACAGCGAUAUUUCGUAUUACCUUAACUCCCACCAUGUUGACAUAUGCGAGAGCAUGGUUCCGGAGUACGCUCCAGUAAAGGUAACUGCAUCGGCCUCAAAGGGAACAGCUAUUGAGCUUGGCUGUGUAGAGGAAACUGAAGACACCAUCACUCUGAUGGUUGAGUGGAGGAAGAAAGAAGAGCCUUCGAAGGUCGCAACAGGCGUAUAUACCGCAAGCUGGACUGCGCCUCAACAGGCUGGAGUUCACUCCAACCAAUACUUCCAUUGUAAGUAUACCGAGAUUCUUGGACGCCCUAUCCAAACCAACCCAAACCAAAAAAAAAAAAAAAAAAAAAAAAAGAAAAGAAAAGAAAAGAAAAGAAAAGAAAGAAAGAAAAAACCAAGGAGAGAUUCCGCUUCUAAUGUUUUAUUUAGGGAUGGGAUCGAAGGGCGAGAUUAG